AUGGAUGAAGGAAAUCUGUCUGUAGUGUCAGAGUUUGUGCUUCUGGGACUUUGCCACUCAUGGAAUAUGCAGGUCUUAUUCCUAAUGAUAUUUUUUAUGCUUUACUUGAUCAUUGUAUCUGGAAAUAGCGUCACGAUCUUAAUAAUCACUGACCCCCAUCUCCAUUCUCCCAUGUACUUCUUGUUGGCCAACCUGUCCUUUGUUGAUAUGUGGCUUUCUUCAGUCACCACGCCUAAGAUGAUCACAGACUUUCUCAGGGAGAAGACUAUUUCCUUUGGAGGCUGCAUGUGCCAGAUCCUCUUUGUGCAUUUUGUUGGAGGGGGUGAGAUGGUGCUAUUGGUGGUAAUGGCCUAUGACCGCUAUGUGGCCAUCUGCAAACCACUUCACUAUUCAACUAUUAUGAGCCUACAAAAAUGCAUUGGGCUGGUGGUGAUUUCCUGGACCAUUGGCUUUGUGCAUGCCAUGAGUCAAAUGGAUGUGAUUGUACAAUUGCCUUUCUGUGGCCCCAGGGAAAUUGACAGCUUCUUCUGUGAUAUACCUCUGGUAAUCAAGCAUGCCUGCAUAGAUUCAUACAACUUGGGAAUAUUAAUGAAUGCUGAUAGUGGGGUUUUGGUCAUGACCUGCUUUAUGCUAUUGCUGAUAUCCUACACAUACAUUCUUCUCACUGUCCGCCAAAGCUCUAAAUCUGGUGCAUCUAGGGCACUCUCUACCUGUACAGCCCACAUCACAGUGGUGGUACUCUUCUUUGGGCCCUGCAUCUUCAUCUAUGUGUGGCCACUCAGCAUCACCUGGGUGGACAAGUUUCUUGCUGUGUUUUACUCUGUUAUUACACCUCUCCUAAAUCCAGCCAUUUAUACUCUGAGAAAUAAAGAGAUAAAAAAUGCCAUGAAGAGAUUCAGAAGCUAUUACAUGCAUUCCAAGAGAAAUAUUUAA